AUGGAGGGGAAGAACAACUCUGGACCGGAGGACUCAAAGGUCAAGGACCUCAAGCGCGAGCCACCCAUAACCAAGGAUACAAGAAGGAAGGAGGGCGUCUCUCCCGAAGGAAAUCACGUCCAAGAGUCAAAUAAGCGGGUGUAUGGUCUAAGGCGCCCCCCGAACCAAGAACGUAUCCAAAAGACACCCCCAGCCCAACCUAACCAGGAGGCCCUUAAAGCAAUCUUAUCUCGUAGAGAACAUCUAAGAGGAGAGUUUAUGGCCCGCCCAAGGGAGGAAGCGAGGAUCAGAGGAACCCAAGGAAUCCUAUACGGGACAGGUCCCAACCUGGAGAUAACUCCCGGAUCAAGGAAGAGUAUCAGAAAAUAUCAGGAAAGCAACUCCAAAAUGAAGAUGAGGGGGAGAUCGAACAGACUCUUCCCCCGAAGCAGAACUUCCCCGGAGCGAGAAAACGGGGGUACAGGAAUAAGAACUCAAGAACUGACCGACCAAACGGGAGCAGAAGUUACAGCUAGGAAAUCUGGAAGAGGAGAUAAUGAGAUAAAAAAAGUCGUAGAGAUGGGCUCAGGUGUAUUGAGUUUAAAGGACCACUCCUGGAGCAGGAAGUACGCCUCAAAAAAAUCCGAGGAUUGUGAGCCAGAGUAUAAUCUGUAUUGUCUGGGCAAAUAUGGUAAAAGGGAUCACGCCAGCAGGGGGUUUUUGGGAUCUCUUGCAGCUUCCCUGAUGCAGCUAAAUAGGGACCUGGACUGGAACGACUUUAUAACCAACAAAAGAGGACUAAAAGGGUAUAUCCUAGGGCCAAACAGCGAUGAACACACAUGGAAAGGACUUUUAUCUUGUGUAGUGUCUAAGGCCUUACAAAUCCCAAGCAUCGUGACAAAUUCAGAAAACCAGGAAGUCAGAGUCUGGACAAGCAAGAAAUGGCAGGAACUCUUGAAGCAUGGGACAGAUAAGGAUUGGUCAAGAGGGACCACGGGAAGAAACAUGAUAAUGGCCGUAGGGUGUAUCAUAGCUGCAUUGAUGGUCCCCAGAACUCGAGGCCGAGACAUGACCCAAGAGAUAAGGAUGGGGUGCAAGAGCGUCUGGGAACAGGUGUCCCUGGAGUUAAAACCUCAAGUCGUUCCGGGAGCAGCUACCGAAAUACAGAAGUUAAAGCAGCUCAUAGAAAAUAUUCGGGAGGUGAGAGGAAAUAACGAAGACAGAUAUGAUGGUUUUGGGUUUCUUAUGACUCUAUAUUAUGGACUAAUGAGUUGUUGUAAAUAUGGGAGGAAUUAUGAGUUAACGAGGUUAAUAAGGAAGGGCGCCUGGAGUCUAGACAAAAUGGGAGCAUGCAAACUAGGAGAAGGGAACAUUAACUGUGAAGGCCAAUUAAGCCAGAUUGAAGGAGAUGCGCUGAAUAUCUGGACUAGAGGGACCAGCCCCCUCGUAUCUUCUACCCUGCGGACCCCUCCCCCAACUAUCAAGAUCACAGCAGGGUCCGACACAGAAGACCAACGAGAUAAGGCAAAAGUACAAGAAAUAAAGGAAAAAAAUGAAGCCAAAAAAGCUCAGUUAGUGGCCUCUCGCAGGGCCGCUCCGACAAACCACGGUAUAAUCGCGACGCCAGGAGUCACACAUACCUUGACUAGCAACAAUAGACAAGCUCCAGUUGCUAUCCCUUCCCCCCCCGUCCCCUUGCGAGAACCAUCCGCGGCCCUGCCAAGAACUGAUCUCGAGCUAGCCAAGGAGGAACAGCAGACAAGUGACGUCGAAGUAUCAUCGCCCCAACCUGAACUAAGACAGCAUAGCGGACAACGUCACAAUAGGACCCCAGACGAACACCAUUCAUCUCUAAAUCAAACUGUCAACAACACAAAAGUAUCCGAGGAGGGGCCCUCGUCCCCUGACUCCGAACCUCCAGAAGCCAAAGGGGCAGAGUGGGAAGAAACUAGUACCCCACGCCACAUGCAGCGGGGCGCAGAAGGAAGCGGGAUAAUAGGAAUCAUAGGUGCAGCUGUAGCGGGGCUAUUAGCUCUGGCGAGUUCGUAUGGACUUUACCGAAUAUUUAAGUCAAGGAAGGGACGCAAUGGGCCAGAAAAUUUCAGGAGGGAACAGUUUAUUGGAAGAGUAGGAUAUGGAGUACCCCAACAGAGUGCUAGGAAAAUCGACUAA